GUUGCUCCUUGAAAUAACUCUUACUUAAUUUUAUAGGACAACAUGGCCUCGACCCUCCUUCGCGGCACUUUGUCCGCCUUUUCAAGAGCUGCCAUUGUCCACACCACCUCUAAAGUCAAUCUAUUGGCCCCCAUCGCCUGCCGAACAAUUCGCAAUGCUUCAACCUACAGUGCUGCCACCAACUCUCAGGAAGACAUGCUCGCCUACCGAGAAAAGCCUGACUCACUUUCAUACUUUACCGGCAACUACAAGUACAAUGACCUCCUCAUUGAGUUGAAUGCCAUGUACAAGCUUCACAAUAAGCCACAACAACAAGCCAGCACUGCUGCUGUCUUACCAUCCGAUCUUGCAUCUGAAGCCGAGCCUUCCAACCAAGUGUAUACCUGGAAGCUUCGAGAUAAGAUGUCUGAAUUCUUGGGUAUCCCGCUCACCACCUCACAAUGGAGAAAGAUUGUCACACAGCUCAACAUGCUCGCAUCGCUGCCAAAGCCUUUGCCUGUACAAGUCGAAAGUGAAUUGUCCAAGUAUACUCGAUUUGACUCGGCUCAGCAGACACAAAUCAAGCGAAAAGAGUUGGAUGAUUUGGGCCGAUCCUUUGCAGUCGGCCGAAGAAAGGAGUCCAGCGCUCGAUGCUAUGUAGUUGAGGGAGAAGGCAAAAUCAUGGUCAAUGGACAAGAACUUGGCGCAUACUUCAACCGCCUUGUCGAUAGAGAAGAAGUCACCUGGCCAUUUGAAUGCACUAGCACUCUUGGAAAAUUCAACGCAUGGAUUGUUGUUGAAGGUGGUGGUUCCACUGGCCAAGCUCAAGCCAUCAAGCUUGGUCUUGGUAAAGCUCUGCUUGUUCAUGACCCUGAGUUGAAGCCAACUCUCCGAAAAGCUGGAUGUGUUACUCGAGAUCCAAGAGUUGUUGAACGUAAGAAGGAAGGUCAGAAGGGCGCUCGUGCCAAGUACACCUGGGUCAAGCGUUAAUUGCUUCAUUUGCACCACUAACAAUACAACAUACCGUACACCCACCCACCAAGGCACUUUCAUAGAAUUACAUACUGUUUUUUGCGACAAGGCUUGCGUCAAUUACAUAUCAUCCAGCAUUGGCGCAGACUCUGUUGCACAAUACUGUAUAUACACGCUAUUUCUUGACGCUGGAAUGCAAGCAUAGCAAAGAAAAGAAAAAAAAACCUGAAAAUAAACUAAAAUGCAACGUUUUGAAUAUUGAAAGAAGUCUGUCACUGCCGCGCUCUAUUA